UGUUUUAGGGCAAAUGCUACCUAUUUGUGUCACCUUUUGCUGAACUGACUCACAGUUAGACAAUCCAUGGUUUAAUGCACAUGAAAUUACCUAUAUUUUAUACUGUUUCAAUGUACAGGAGAAAGGUUACUGUAAAAUGUGUUACGUUGGUGCUUCUGUGAAUUAAGUUGUGGUUUCAUCAUGAGUCUUAUGGUCUUAAGUGUUCUGUGUUUAUAAAAGACAAGUUUGAAAUUGGUUUACUUGAACAACAACAACGAAAAAUGAGUUUAAAAAAAAGUUGUUUGCUUAAAAAAAAAAAAAUUUCAUGUGAAAAAUUAAAAAAUAUUCCAGAAUAAGUUUGUGUUGGCUUGUGACGCAUUGAUGUCAAUUUUUUUAUUGUGGACAAUUUAGAUGUGUUUGUGUUCAGCAAAAUGUGAUCGGUUUUUCUUUUAAAGAAAAAAAAUCAGUGAAAAUAUAGUGCCAAAUUCCAAAGGUACUUUCUUCCUAGAGCUUCAGUGUGUUUCUUGUGUGAAGUAAUUUGAUAACAUGGGUAUUUUAUUAUGUGUUUUGUAUAAAUCCCUAAUAUUUAAAGAAAAAAAAGAGGUUAAAAAGUUUGUUAACUUGCUAUCCUGUGGUCUUGUUGCCUGAAAUUGUUAUUGUUUGUUAUUUCUCUUUGAUGUUUUUUGUAAAACAUUGUAUAAGUGCCCAUGUUUCACUUUUUUAACCACUCUGCACAUCAAUGCUGUGAAAGCAAACCUCACAAUGUAUUUUCUUCAUAAUGUAUGGAAACCUCUAAGGUGAGAAAGUUUUGAACUUUUAACCCUUUCCACCCAGAGCUGUCUUGAGUGUUAAUACCUUUUAUACAUUCACCAUUUUGCUGUUUAUUUUUAUAUAUAUAUCUAUAUAUAUAAAUAUAUAUAUAUAUACUUAGUUUUUUGUGGUUUAUUUAAUACAUGGUUGAAAUCAGAAAAAUGCACAGGGCAGAUCUGAAGGACAAAAAAUUAUUUUACUGCUGUCUAAAUUUCUUCUGUAUCUAUAACUAAAAUUAUUUAAAACAGUAAUUAACUUGUGGUUUUCCUUUUUAGAUUUUGGGUUUUUUGUCUUUUCUUAAAGAGCUUUUAAUAUGCUGCUGGAAUAUGCUAUUCAGUAUUAAUAAAAUAAAAUAAAAAAAACAAUUCUUUAAUUAUCUAUUGUGUGAGCCGCUCCCAGAUUGGAGUGGUUAUUCCACCAUUUGAAAACAUUGAGGAGAAAAAACAAUAUUUUUGUAAUUAAAUAAAUGAACUUUUGCUUAAAUCAGAUGCACUAGAUCUUCCUGGGUGAAAAUUCAAUGUGUACUGCAGUUAAACUACUUUUUAUGGAUAAAGUUUACAUAUGCUGUAAUGUUUGGUGUUAUCUGCCGUUAUUCGUAUUGACAAUAUAUGGGCCCAAUCCUACAGACACUCACCCAAGUAACUUUACUUGUGCCAGUAGUCAAUGAGAAUCUGUAUGUGACUUAAGUGGUUGUUUGUUGGAUUGAGUCCUAUGUAAGGAACCCAAAAAGAGAUGCUGGUAGCCUUUUCACUGCCUUUUAAAUUUGACUGGAUUGCAUGUCUACAGCACGAGUCGCCACCAGUGACCAAAUUUGGUCCUUUACUACUGGAAAAUAGACUCCAUUGCCAAUUCAAUGCAUGUGAGCAGCAGUACCUGCUUCUGAUAACUAAGUGCCAUAUCUUCUUCCAUUAUCUAUUCCUAUUUGGUUAUAUUCAAAGCCUCUAAAAUGAAAAGUGAAGCCCUAUAUGAACAGCAUAACGACACAGGUGGUGCACUCUGUCUCUUGUCCCCAACUUUGCUUAAAUGCUCGUUUAUGUAGAAGCCCUGGGAUGGAAAGGACUAGCCUCUAGUGAUGCAAAAAAGUUUCCUCCUUAUAGCACAUGCACUUAUAACUAAAUGAUCUAUAUUAUUCUCAUAUGUUUUUACUACUGCGGAGGCCUUCCUACACCCUUUGAGGGCUAUUUUGUAAUUCUUGCAGCAAUUUUGCUUAUUCAAAGUAUCAUCACACAUUAUAUUAUAUAUAUGCACAUAUAUAUAAUAUGAGAAUAUAAUCUGAUUUUUUUUUCUGUUUCACUAAUUCUUCUCAUUUUAUCCACCAUAUAAAUUUCCAACGGUUUUUCAGAUCCCUUCAAUGCAGCAGCCCCAGUGCGAACUGCAGGUUUAGAGUCCAGUUAGAAUGUUAGAGUUAAUAUCCUAGAACGCCAGCUGCUGUAAACUGGCAUAGCUUCAUAGACUUCAGAAGACACCCCACCCCACCCCCAUGAUUUACACCAUCCGAGGUUCUGGCCCAGCAUUUUUAGCAGGGAAUGUUUCUGUGUUUCCAGGUGACAACUGUGGGUCAUUGGGGGAAAAGUUUGCCUUUAUAAAUAAUAAUAAAAAUAAAGCUUAUAUCUCCUUAGAGACGAAUUAUCUCCCAGUUCUCGUUCAAAAUAUUGAAAGGAAAAAAGCUGCAAGGUUGCAAAGGGCCUAAUAAGAAAGGAAGAAAAACAAUGGAAAUUGCUUUCCAAAAUUCUAAUCAAAAGAAGAGACUAGUAGUUUUUCAAACAAAUUAGCGAAUUGCAAUGAAAUGGCAGUCCUCAAAUGACUAACAAGUUCAUCUUUCUUUCACCAUAGGGGUUACAGUUCCUUGGCUUGUGCUACUCUGAAAUCAUAUUACUGUUUCUGUUUUUAUUAUCUUAAGUGCUAAUUAACAAAAGGAAAAAAAACCUGUAGUUUCAUUACCUUUUGGAUAAUGUCAUACAAAAAAAACCUAUGUAUUUGUGUUUUGUUUUGGGGUUUGGGUUUGGGGUUUUUUUUUUUUUUUUUCGUGCUGUGAGAAUUGUUGUUUGUAGAUUAACAAUACUAUUAUUUUGUUUAGAAUUACAAACUAAUUUUUAAGUAUUGUCUGAGAAAAGCCAAAGUUAAUGCAACUUAGUGGAAACUGUAAGACCAUUUGAGUAUUGUUUCUGUUUUAUUGAUGCAUUUGGAUUUUGUUGUUUGAUGGAAUUUGAGCCAAAAAAAAAAAAAAAAAAAAGCAGGCUUUCCUAUUUCUACAACUUGAUUGUACUUAUGCAUUUUGUACCAGUGGAACUUUUUAUACUGGAGAUUAAAAAACAAAUGGAAUUUUUUGUGGCUUACUCUUGUGGGCCCCCUGACCAUGACUGAUUUUCGAGUUUGAUUUCUGGUUGGUAGAAAGAGAGUUGGUUUUGUUUAGAGAAUUAAAAACUUUGGCUUGCUAUCUUUUUUUCCUUUUGCUUAUAUCUAGUGUUUAGAAUUUUGUCUUUAAAAAAAAACAAGCGGUAAGUUUCACUUUUUAUUCUGUAUUGUGCAGUUACACAAUAAGAUAAUUAGAAUUAGGAGUACUCGGUCACUUUACGUGGAUAAAUGUAUUAGUUACAACUUUAGGGGUUUGCUUUUUUGCUGUUUAGAUCAAAGUUUUUUCUGAUUCUUCUGUCCUCAUUGUGAACAUAACCGUGUAGUUGAAACAGUCAGACUUAUUUUUGUAAUGUAUGUUAUUGUGUGAUGCAGUUUUUUGCUUCUGUCUCCAAUAUUAAACCAUUUUCCUAAUACUUGUCUCUCUCUUCGUGUGUUGUAUUGUUGGUGGUCAUUAUGUGUUGGUAAUACAUCUACACACCUCACUGUUUCACGUCCCUGUUUUUUUUUUAUUUUUUUCCUAUUUGUUGUGUACAAAAGAUACAGUCGAUUCCACCUAAGUGAAUAUCUGAUUGGGGGGUGAAAGAGGACUUGCACACUUAAGCUGUCUUUGGUUUAUUUUACAUUUUUCCCCUCCCCUAGUGGUUUUGUCACUUUGAUAAUCUGAGCAGGAGAUCAUUUUAAAUGACUGCCUGCAAAGUCAUAUUAAAGAUGGCUUUUGUUAGUCUUCUGACCACAAAAGCUGAUACACACAAACACACACACAGAGAAAUGUGAGGCUAUGUGAAAAGUUUUUUUGCUUUGCUGUUUCAAUCAGUCUGGAAGAAGUGGAUUACAGAGAUCAAUUCAAGUGAUAUUUUUUUUAAAAAAUGGUUGUGCUACUGCUUUGCAGAGGCAUCUGAAACAUACAAGAAAAGGAGGCUAUAGCCGUGGGAUUUCUUCCAAACUGUACAGUAAUCUGGUGGCAUCUGGUGUUCAUCAAAGACUCCUUAAAAACUAAUCACAAUUUAACUAGAGUUAUCACAGACUGAGAAAAAUCUACCAGGUGAACAAGCUUGUUAUAUAUAGUAUAUGUACAGAUAUCAAAAAAUAAAAAUAAAGCAAAGUGCACCCAAGCAGAGCUUUUAACUAUUAAAGGCAAUAGAAGUAAAACAUUUUCCCCAAGUGCACAAAUGGGCAAUGUUUUCCUUGGGUGCUUACAAAGUGGAUCUUUCUCAGCGCUGCAUAUUAAAACGUCAAAUCUCCAUGCAAAAAAGAAAUAUGGUAGCAGGGGGCAGGAGUUGGCUCACAAGAAUCUCUCCACUGUCCCUUGGACUGGUGUCUAAUAAAAUCAAAUAAAAUCUGCAAAGAAAAAUAAAUGCUGUCAUGGUUCGCAAAGUCUCUCUUCACUCUUUUGUCUGAUCACAGAUAUAAAACUUUAAAAUCUGGAGAGUAAAAUAAUCCCCCGGGAUGGGGAAAAAGCACUCCGAAGUGUUCUCUGGAACUCAAGCCAUAUCCCCCAUCCCCUUCCCUUUGUCCCACUCUCUCUCUGAUGCUCAGGAAUCGAAGACCACUUAAAAGUGCUCUUAUGAGACCCAAACAACACUCCUCCCUCUUGUAUCCUCUUUUCCGGUCUCUCUGAUGCUCUGGCUUUGGCUCACGCACACAAACACGCCCGAAACGAACAUCCUAUUAGAAGGUCAUGGCACACUGAGUGUUUCCUUAAGGUUUUGGCAGCUAUGUUGGCUCCUGUGCUUGGAACAGUUUUGAAAUUUUCUGGCUCAUGAGUUGGCCUCGUUUUGCUUUUAAUUUAUUUGUCUUUCUCAUUGUUUUUCUUUCUUCUGUGAGCAUAAAAGGCAAGUGGGGCAUGAGUUCUGGAGCCCCAAGCAAGCUGAAGUCGUCAUCUACAGGCUUCAUUGCUAGAAAUUUGAACUCUGACAAACACCUCCUAUGCAGCUCUGAUUUUAAUCUAAAAUUACAGGGGCCUGUAGGGGACAAUCCUGCACUGGGAGCAGAAGGAUACUCUGGGUGAACUAAUAGGUGUUUUACAUCUCUUGAGUCUAUGAUGCUGAUUCUGAUAACAGUGGUUUCAAUUGAGUAACUCCUGAUUUACACCAGUGUGCGAUCAGAAUUGAGGCCUCUGUUUUUAAGUCAUCGUAGGUGGUUCUUUUGAAACUCAUCAGUUUGUUGGUAGGGAAGAUCAAGUUGAGUUCAAGAUCUUUUCUUCUGAACACAAUUUAAUUAAAAAGAUCCAAUAUUACAGUUUAAAAAAAAAAAAAAAAAAAAAACCCUCAU